UUCAGGGUAUAACGUACUGAGCAUUUGAGGUCGCUCACAGUACUGCAAGUUUUCUCACACUUCGUCUGAGACAAAUCAAAUUCUAGCUGUAAGGAUACGAAGCUCUGUUCAAGACGGUUUUGUUUUAUAUCUCUGUCGGUUGCCAUUUGCAACUGUUUUCCGAUCCUGAGGCUGUAGUAAUCUGGGUUACCGAGCUCCAGAGAGGAGCGUCUCUGCAACUUUGAAGAGGUCUGGAAUUGAUUAUUUGGCUGACGAUUUCUAUUUCUUUGAAACUCUUCAGUGUUGAAGGUAUUAAUUUGCAAAGAUUUCCAAUCCUGUCUGGAAGGAAAGCAUCGAGUUCAUGAGUUUAUUUUUUUGUGUUAGAGACCUGCAUCUUGCCGAUGUGCUAGGAAAAUAAUACAAUCUUUCCGUUAAAUUUUGGGCUUUGAAAGUGUUGCAAUGUGCUGCGAACAUUGCCUGCCUAUCUGCUUGAAUCUAAUUUAAAAGAACGAACCGGGAGUACAUAAAAAGACACCCAAGAUGGAGGCCAUGGUGGAAUUGCCAACGGCGGUGAAGGAUAACAUUGCAUGUUGGUUGAGCGACACCGCGGGACCUGACGAAGGAGCAAUGCGGACAGCAACAUUGCACUUGGAGGGUGCACAGACAGCCCCAAAAUUUGCCCUGUGCUUGCUUGAACUUGCCGCUGGAGGUAGGGAGAAAGGGAUUCGAGUAGCUGGAGCUAUUUCCCUGAAGAACUUCCUGAAAGCUCACUGGAAUGCGGAGGGCGUCAUGUCUCGUGACGAGAGGCUAGAGUUUCGGAACCAGCUUGUGGAUGUGGUCUUGCGUGUCGACGAUCUCGUACGCAAGCCUUUGGCAGAAUCUUUCUUGCUGGUGACAAUUCAUGAUUUUGUAAGAGAAAAGGCGUGGCCUGAGCUUGUGCCAGCCCUGAAAAUUGCCAUAGAGAAUAUCGACCUUAUGAAUGGAUCCGAAGCUUCAGAUAUGAAGGCUCUUAAUUGUCUUCUUGGACUUCAGAUCAUCACCAAACCCUUCCAGUAUUUUCUGAACCCAACCAUGGCAAGUGAGCCUGUUCCUGAGCAACUGGAGACCAUUUCCAAAGAGCUUCUCGUUCCGUUCCAUGGGACCUUCCAUCAGCUUGUGCAGCAGGUUGCAACAUCUAAAGCUGCAGAAUACUCACAACAUGACAUCAUCCUGCUGGUUUUCUGCAAAUCUUUAGAUCAUGCUCUGAAAUCGCACAUGCCGUCUGCAUUACUAGGAUCUGUCGACCAGUGGUUCACGGAUCUUUUAAGUCUGCUAGAUUCAGUUGUUCUUGAAGAACGGGUGGAUUCUUUGGACAAACAACCAAGACUGAAGAUAUGGAAAAGAUCAUUACAAAUUUGUUGUAAUAUGGUUUCUCGGCAUGGAGUGUAUGUGGACAAGUUUCUAUCUUCACUGGCAGUUGCAGCACUUGAAAUUGUUGGAAAGACCUCAAAUGCCAAGAACUUUAAUCAAAUCCAACAACGCGUGAUAUCCUUGGGUUUUGACUUGUUGGCCAACAUUCUUCAGACAGAAGUUGGAUGGAAAUUAAUUGCAUCCCACUUCCCCAACUUGCUGGAUAAAGCAAUAUUCCCUGCUCUUAUGAUGAAUGAAAAGGAUCUAUCUGAAUGGGUAGAGGAAGAGGACGAGUAUAUCCAGAAAAACCUCCCUUCGAACAUGGAUGUAGCAAGUGGAUCGACUGAAGAUCUGGUCACACCUCGACGAAGGGCAUUAAACUUGCUUGGGAUCAUCGCCAUGGCUAAGGGACCUCAAUCUGUACGCAGGAGAAAGAAAGCCGGCACUGUCAAACGCAGGAGAAUUGGGUCCAAGGGAGCUAAUAAGGAUGACUCAGACAGAGUUGGCGAUAUUCUAGUGAUGCUUUAUCUAGCUCGAUAUCCACUUCCUACUGAUGGAGCUGACGUGCAAUCUGACGAAGUACUAAGAUAUUAUGGCGCUCUGAUAGCGUAUGGAGGUCUUCAGAAGUAUUUGAAGACAUUACCAGCUGCAAAAGUUGCCCUGCUGCUGGAAAGGCGCGUGUUUCCUUUGUAUCUAAUGGUGGCUCCAAGUCCUUAUGUACUGGCCAACGCCAACUGGAUACUAGGGGAACUUUCGAGUUGCUUGCCUGAGGUUCUUCGGGAGAAUGUAUACACAGCCUUGUUAAAGGCUUUGUUGGCUCCCAAUGCUGGCUGUGUAUCAUGGCGGCCUGUUAGAGCAUCCGCUGCGGCAGCACUUGCAUCUCUUCUCCAGAACGGGUACAAGCCAAUUCAAUGGCUGCCUCUACUCCAAGCCACUGUUGCCGGCGUACGAAUGGAAAAAGAAAGCGAGGCGGCAAUAUCUCUGCAACUGCUGACAAUAGCUGUGGAGACCGGCCGAGAAUUUGUAGCCUCCUAUGUUCCAGCUAUCGCUGCUGUAGUGCAGGUGGUGACCUGCAAGAAUCUUCCCUCCAACUCUGAACCGUGGCCUCAAGUUGCUGAGCUUGGAUUCUCAGCGAUCGCUGCGCUUGCUAAGGCUUGGGAAGCUGCAUUGUCUGAUAAAGAUAAGAGUAAGGGGAAGGAUUCUGAUAAAUGGAUGGUUGGCUGCGCCACCGUGGCGAAUGUAUUUUCUGAGCUAUUGCAACGAGCAUGGCUUGUGCCCUUGCAGGAGGGAGCUAUGCCAGUCAAACCUCAAGCCUUGUGUCUCAGUGAUGCCUCAGUUUUACUGAAAGUCAUCUUGAGAUACGGGCAAAGCUCCGCAGACGUUGUCGAAAUGAAAAUGGAAUCCUUGGUUCGAGUCUGGGCUAAUUUGGUGGCAGCCUCGAAUGGAUGGGACGCGCAUGGAGAUGAGCCAGUCUUUGACUGCAUUGACGAACUUAUUGCUUUGCAGGAAAGAUGUUCAAUAAUUCAGUUCUCUUUAUCCGAAGUUAUGCCCUCAUCUGCACCGGAGACCUGUGAGCGGUCUAUCCUGGAUUGCGUAGUCACCUUCCUCACUACCGCCAUCGAUUCUGCAUCCUCUGCGGCGUGCUGGCGUGCAUGUCGCAACGUACAUGCCCUUUUGCAUGCAACACAAUUCUCGCUUGAAGGGGAAGCGUUAAUGGCCUUUUUCGUUCCCCGCUUCUGUGAGGUUGCCUCACGACGGUUACAGCAGUUGACAAGCAUGACCGUCCCGCUGGCGAAGCCUCUCAUACUUGUCAUCACUGUGUGUUUCAUCAAUUUGCCUGAGGAAGUGGAAAAAAUCUUGUGCUUCGACGAUAAUGGUCCCGAUGUGACGGAAGAUGGGUCAUGUCAGGGAUUGCUCACCUUAGCUGAAGCGCUGGCGGGGCUAGCUGAAAGUGAAGCUGAUCCAAGCCUCUCGCUGGAAUCCGAGAUGAAAAUUACUGUGAUUGGCUUGCAGAGAGUAAUGGUGCACAUUAUCAACAAGAACUUGUUGCAAAACCAGAAUGGGUUCACAGCGGCCCAUCAUUGUCUACGUUCUCUAUUGGAAUCUAUGGUGGAACUCAAGGAUAUCAUGGAGCUCUCAGAAUCCGACGAGAGUGGAUCCUCAUCAACUUCAAACUCUGAUUCCGGUUUCAGUUCCGAGGAUGACAGCCUAGAUGAGACACGGUCCGAGCCUGUUGCUGCAACGCAAGAAGAAACCGAAGGGGAGUUUUUGGAGCGACAAGCUCAGACAGCUCGCGAUCUGCAGGCAGAAGCAUGUGAGGAAGCUGAGAACGGCCAGAAUGAAGAUGGCCAUGAACUAGCUCUCGGUGUCCUGGGACUGGUGGACUUCGAGAAGGAGGUGCUGGCUUUUCUGAAGGAGCAUGGGAAAGAGUUGUCGAGCAAGAGGCCAUUGUCGCGUAUUCUGCUAGCGAGGUUCAGGGAUCGGUACCCCAAGUCAAAAGGCUACUUGUAACCCAAAAAACGCAACACCUGAGCAGGUGGAGUUUCCUUCCCCAUGCAGAACUCUCGCUUUUAAGAUGGACCCACAUGGAAAUUCAGUCAAAAUGCUGACCCUGCAGGUCUGUCGAACUGUUUGAAGUUGUAUGGGCCUACAACAAUGGAAGCAAUCCAAGGGUCUAGAUGAGAGCUGCUGUGGUGGUGGUGGACAGGAUUUGAAGUGCCGUGCCGAGCUACUUUUUUUUUUUUUUUUUUUUUUUUUUUUUUUUACUUUUUUUUCUAUUGUUGCCUUGAUCAAUUUCUGGUUUGGAAAGUACCUCUUCUGCCAUAUAAUUUUCCCAUGACUGGGAAGAGUAGAGAACUUAAUGAGAAUUGGUUGAUUUGUUAGUAAGGUUAAUAAGGGCUUGAGUCAUUGGUUUGGCGACUGCUGAGUUUUAUCUUGUUCCUUGAAAGAAAAUCCACUGAACAUGGACUCAGCUGUACACAUGUGCACCUCUAUUCUCUGUUGUUUUUUCCUCAAUGCAUUGAAGUACCAUCUUCUUUCACGAAAUUAUAUAAUGUGUAAAAAAAACAUGUUUUUAAUGAUAAAAUAUUAAUUUCAAUCUGAAA